UGCCUCCCAUUCCUCUGUUGCUCUUGGACACUCUGACCCCACCCACAUUCCCAUGACAACACACCUGUCACCUGUCACUCCAAGUUUCCAGCUCAGAAUAGAUCGUGGAGGGGGACGCCAGAUAGAGGGGUUAUUUGGACCAUGUCAACUCGCCCCACUCGCCCUCUCUCUCUUGGGAGAAGAAACGAUGGUGGAAUCAGGGAUGAACAGAAAGACUGUGGUUGGCUGCAGUGCUGUUAAACGCACUAAGCGUUCUCACAGAAACGCGUAAACGUGAGGAGCCUCGCUCAUCAGGAUGGAAGAUCAGGACAGGGUGAGUCAGGCUUCCAGUAUUGCCACAAUAUCCUCACUUACAACCAGGAAUAGGGAUAAUGAAAAGGUGCAGACAUUUGGGAAAAGAUGUCAGGCUGUGAAAAGGGACCCCAACUGCCCAGUGGUGAUACGAGGUUGGCUGUACAAAAGAGACAGUACAGGCUUGAAGUUGUGGAAGAGGAGAUGGUUUGUCCUCUCUGACUACUGUCUCUUCUACUAUAAAGAUAGCAGAGAGGAGAGUGUGUUGGGGAGUAUUCCUCUGCCCAGCUAUAAGAUUCUCUUCUGUUCCCCCAGAGAGUGCAAGAACCGGAAAUAUGCUUUUAAGGUGGUUCAUCAGGGAAUGCGAUCAUAUCUGCUGAGUGCUGAUACCCAAGAAGACAUGUUGGGCUGGGUCAGAGCUCUAAGCCAAUCGGCAUGCAUGGAGACUGAUUGCAUCAUCAACAGACGAUGUGCCAGUUAUCAGGAUUUCACUCAGAUAGAGGGAAGCACCGAGUCAGUGGACCUCCCUCUUCGAGGUGGUAUGACCCUAAGUUCCUCCCAGAUCUACAGUGCACAGAAGGCACCACCUCACCUAACGGGCGGGGGUGUGGACGUGUUGGAGCAGAGGGGGAGACACAGGCAGAGAGUUCCUGACACUCGAGCACGUUCUCUGAGCUUGGACCAUACAGUUGAUGAGCCUUGCAUAUCUCCUCACCUGACCCAGGGGUCAUGCCCUACGACCCCAAGAGGUCAGUAUGGGUCACGACCCCAUACCCCAGUGGGUAGGGUGGACAUGCGGCCACAUGAAAGCCAGUUGGUUCCCCCAGGACCUAGCAACACCAUGCCCAACUCCAGAAGAUGGCACACAAAGUCUUCUCCAGUAUGUUACUCAACAUUUCGCAGAUCUGCAGGCAAGGGACGUUACUCUGACCAGCUGCCCCCCUUACCUCCUUCCCGGGUUACCCACAAUUCCCCAUGUCCAGCACCCUCACUACUCCCCCACAGCCGUGGGCCCGUGUAUGUGGACCUACCCCCUAUGCAUGUGCAGUGUGAGAGAGAGACACAGGCGCUCACCGCGUUACAGGCAGACACAGACAUGGUCCUCACUCGUUUGUGUGGAUGUGAUAAAUUACUGCAGACACUCUCAGUAGAAAUGUCUCACCUACAAGCUGAUAAGGAGCGUGCUCAAUUUGCCUUGGAGAUGACUCAUCUUCAGCUGGAUGAUUGGCAGCUGGAAGAACAGGAAGUUUCCCAGAAAGCUUUGCUACAGGAUGAGUUGAUCACCAUCAGGGCCAGAAUGUGUGAUGUUUCACUGGAGAUGGAGCGAGUUUGGGUGGACUAUGAGAGGAUGGAGAGCGAGCUGUGUGUGUUCCAUUCUCAUCUCCAGCACAUUUGCCAUUUUGGACUUUCACAGGAACGUUCCCAAGCACAGCGACAGCUCUGGAUGAUGGAGGAUAUUCUCUGUGGACUGAAGGCCAAUAGAAGUCAUUUCAGGGCCAUGCUGGUUCUCUCCCCUCCUCUCCAGAACUCUCCAGUCCAUCCUAUGGAGAACAUCCAGUACUCAGGAGAGGAGUCAGAACCACCUUCCCGCCCACCUUUACCUUAUGAGCUGCAGAGCGCCAAUCACAGUACAGAUCAGAGACCUGACUGGGUAAAGCCUUGUCACAAGAUUGCAUUUGGCACCAAUCCAUUGAACACACUGAACCACAGUUCCAGACAACCUUCUUUUCACAGAGAAACAAACCCAUCAGAAUCUCAGUCAGUCUAUGGGUGGAUGGAGUCUGACCUUUCUAUAAAGAAGGGGAUGACAAUUGAAGCAGAGAAAAGCGAAAGGAAGCUGAAUCAUGACCAGGCGAAGCUAACCAAUAAAAGGAAACAUAAGGAGAAUCUGGCCAAUCAGACGAGUACAAGCUCACACCUGAAAGAGCAGUCAUGUCCUGCAGAUAGCCAGCCCUCCCCACUGCGUGUGAUGCGUGUGGUCACAGCAGUGCUUCCAUCAUCUCUUGUUGCUCGUCGGGUAUCUGUGGAGGACCCCCCUCCUGAGCUGACCACUCUGCUGCCUGAGAAAAUCUCACAGCUGUCAAGGUCUGACAGCAGCAGAAGGACCCCAACCAAACCACGCAGGCUGUUAUUUGAAAGCCCCAAUCAGGAUAAGAACAGCAGACGAGGAGAGGCAUCUGAGGAGAUGCCUGCACAGAAACCUGAGGAAAGAAGAAAUAAAGCAACAAGCAAAGAUUCUGCUGGAGUCCCUACUAAAGGGGAACUAAAUGCUCUGUGUGGUGUAAACCAGGAGUGUGAUCCAACAAUCAAAGAUGAUCAAAGAGGCGCAAAACUCAGACGAGUAGAACGCAUCAGAGAGAGGGUGCUCAGGAGUGCAGUCAGAGGGACUGGUUUGGAGGCAGUUCAUCCUCUGAAACUCAUUCGGGCCAGUGAGAUGGUGGAUAGUAGCAGAGACGACUCAGAUCCUGUAAAUCAGUACACUGACACAGUCUGUAUCCAGGAUUGCCAAGGUGCUUUCCAAGACAGCACGAGUGUAAAACUCCACCCAACAGGGGAGGUGUGUCAGACAGAUCCAGGUGAAACAACACAGAUCAGUAAUGCUGUACAUCCGAAGGCAUUGUCCACCAAUCACAUUUCUACACUCACUGUAAUCAGUGAAAAAGAGCCUCAAGAAACCAAUAAUAUGCAGACAUUUCAAAAGCAGAAUUUAGGAAAACACAGUUUAAACUGUUCUGCCUCUACCAGUCAGAGAGCAGAGUGGUUCCUCUCCACAAGCCAAUGGCAAGAGUUCAUUCCUCUCAACAUUAAGGAUGACGAGCUGUCACUCUUUCCUACAGACGACCAGCACUUAGACCAGUCCACCAGCCAGGCUGGCUACAGUAAAAAGCAGAAUGUCUCAAACAGUGUGUCUGGAGAUCAGAUGCUUGGCCAUAGCCCAGAGGUUUUAGUUGCUUUAGAAAUGCUCAAUCAGACAACAGCACAAAGUACAGAGGAUUUCAGAAACAUUGUAGCCAAUCAGCAGUCAGACGAAGUAUCCAUUCAGCCUAUAGCAAAUUCAUCUGACAAUCAUAUGACAUGUCCUUCACACCACUCAGGAAUGGAUUUGUGUAUCUAUGAAGAAAUUCAGUAUAAGGAUAGUGUUUUAAAAUCAACCAGGGAGACCCACGGGACUACUCCGUCCAACCCGACACAUCAGACUGCUGAACCUCUUUCACCCAGUCCUGACACCACAUUAGACACUGGAGGCAAGAAGAAUGGAACUACACAAGACAAAAAAGAAUCAGCAAGAGAGACGGGAAGUGAUAUCAUUGUCAGCUCAAAAGCAGGGCAGCCUGUGUACAGCUGUGUCCUAAAGAACUCAGUAACUAAUCAUAAUGCCACUUUUGUCAAACCACGAGUUAUUGCAAUGAGAACCAGCCUUUAGAGGGAUCAAAGUGUAACACACUACUACUACUGCUAUUACCACCACUAUGACUACUACUACCACUAAUAAUAAUAAUAAUAAUAAUAAUAAUAAUAAUAAUAUGAAGAAGAAGAAGAAGAAGAAGAACCAACCUUUAGAGGGAUCAAAGAGUAACACACUACUACUACUACUACUACUACUACUACUAAUAAUAAUAAUAAUGGGGAAUUAUUGUAAUUUAGAGGGUGAAACUACUUUUAAAGCUCAUAUAGAGUUGUUAUAUUGUCUAUAAGUGCACAAUCAUAGCCAAAAACACAUCCAUGCUAAUAUGCAUGCAUGUAUAUUUUCAUUUAUUUUCUGGAGAAUUAUUUUAGAAUGCAAUGUAAAAAAAAAUUCUUGUUUUAA